UGGCCAAUGGACGGCGGAGGGCGGCACGCAGCAGGGGUGCGCUUCCUGCUGAACUCACAGCUAUUGAAGGAGCCAUGGAUGCAAGGGCCUGCGAAAUCGCCGAUAAUUGUAUUAAUUAUGGACGUGCAUUUUUGGACCGUGAACCGGAAGGUAUGGACCUGGCGGAUGUUCCACUUGACAAUGAUGGUCGUUUUGCCGCCAUGGAAGCAGAGCGUCGGAAGCGGACAAAGGAUCCCCGCUCCUCUAGACGCAACAAGGACAUGAUACGUGACCUCGAGGAUGACAUGAUUGCCCGCUCGCAUGCUCUUGCUCUCGAGGAAUUUGCCAAGAUGCGUGGAUUCAUGGAUCAAGAGCCGGAGGGAGUUCCACUGAAGGAGAUCCCACUUGACGUGGAUCCCGAGUUCCGUCAAGCGGAGGUGGCUCGCUACCGGAUGCGCAAGGACCCGCAUCACUCACCAGAGGAGGUGGCCAAGUUGGAAGAUGCGAUGAACGACCGCGCGCGCAGGCUAGCCAAGGCCAUUCUUGCGAAGAACCGUGGCUUCCUUGACCCUGAGCCGUGUGGCGUGCCCCUGGCGGAGUUGCCGCUUAACACGGAUGAGGAGUUCAACAAGCUUGCGGCGGAGCGCUACCGGCUGAAGCGAAGCAACAAAAAGGACAAUAAUCCCGAAGUGAAGGGGAUUGAGAAUGAAAUGAAUGAUCGUGUGCAUGCACUUGCAAGAGAGCACCUUCGAAAGGCACGGGCCUUCUUGAAUCCCGAGCCCGAAGGUGUGCCACUGGAAGAUGUACCACUUGGCCGUGAUCCCAAGUUUCUUGACAUGGAGCGUGGCCUCGCAAGGAUGCGCAAUGAUCCGAAUGCCUCCGCCGAAACGUUGAGUUCCCUCGAAGAAGAUUUGAACGUGCGUGCGCAUGAGGUUGCAAGGGAGUUUCUCAAAAAGGAAAGGGCCUAUCUCGACCCCGAGCCCCUCGGCGUCCUCGUGGAAGAUCUUCCUCUCAAUCACGACCCCAUUCUUAACGCCUUGGAGCGCAAGCGCCGUGAGCUCAAAAAGGACCCUAAACGAAAUGGGGAUUUUAUUCGUGGAUGUGAAGACGAUAUACAUGACCGUGUGAGGGCGAUUGCGAAGGAGUUUCUGGACAACGAGCGUCGGUUCCUUGAUCCAGAGCCCGAGGGCCUGCCGUUUUCCGAAUUGCCUGUGGAUACCGAUAGGCAGUUCCGUGACUUGGAAAACGAGCGACGAGCACUUCUAAAGCAACCUGCACUAAAUAAAGCGGCGAUUGAAGGGUUGGAGGAACGGAUGAAGACGCGUGUGAAUGAACUUGCGAAGGAUACUUUACGAAAGUGUCGUGCUUUCCUCGAUCCUGAACCCCUUGGUGUACCGCUUGACGAUUUGCCGCUGAAUACCGAUGAGAAAUUUCGUGAAAUGGAAUUUUGUCAUCGUGAAAUGAAGAAAAAACCAUUUGUGAAUGCAGUUUCUCUCGAAAAGCUUGAAGAUGAGAUGAAACAGCGGGCCAGAGAGUCGGCAGAAGAACUUCUUAAGAAGGAACGUGCUUUUAUUGACCAGGAGCCAGAGGGGUGCCUGUUGUCUGAAUUGCCACUUAACAAAGACAAGCACUUUCGUGAGAUGGAGAAGAAGUUGCGCGAACUAAAAAAGAACCCAAGAAAAAACCUGGAGGAAAUUAGGAAUCUUGAGUACGAUAUGAACGAUCGCGUACAUGAGUUGGCCCGUCGUCAGCUAUCUGAUGAUAAAAGCUAUCUGCCAGUUGAGAUUUACGGAGUUCCUGUCUUUGAUCUUCCAUUAAAUAAUGAUCCAGAGUUUCAUGAGUUGGAACGGCAACGUCACAACCUUAAGAAAGAUCCUAAGAAGAACGCAGGGGCUAUUCGAGAAACUGAGGAUGCACUAAACGAGCGGGCCCUUACGAUCGCCGAGGAGUUUGUGCGAAAAGAACGUGCGUAUCUUGAUCCAGAACCGGAGGGCGUACUGCUGGAUCGCGUUCCGCUUAACGCAGACAGAAAGUUUCGCGAGAUGGAACAAGAUCGACGAAGACUAAUGAAGGACCCAAACAAAAAGCUGGAAGUAAAAAACCUCGAAGAGAGACUUAAUAAACGUGCCCACGAACUUGCCAGGGAUUUGCUCGGCUGGCAAGACGAGGAAUUCCAUGAAUCGAAUAAGCAUAUGGCGGAGGAGUGGCCACGUAUCUGUGAGCUUUACCCAGAGGGUGUCCGUGAUCCGGUGGUGCCGGAGAAGUUAUCAUCCGGAGAUAUCUCCUCGGCCCCCAGAAACGCCAGUUUCUUGGCGCCUUUUAUUGCCGCCAUGAGUAGGCAUCCUCCACUUAUUGACCGUCUUUUCGAUUCAAAAGAGCAUCCUGUGAACGGCCCAUAUUCGUUUAUUUUUUAUGAUCCUAACAGCAACCCGGUGCGCGUCGAAAUUGACGACCGUGUUCCAGUGGACACAAACAUGGAACCGAAGUUUACACGAGUCCCGAAACGGUCAUGGUAUCCGCUAUUGCUGGAGAAGGCCUACGCGAAGUUUGUUGGUGGGUACUCCCGGCUUGAUCAGUGCACACCGCAUGAAACGUUGCGGGAUUUGACGGGUCGCCCGGUGCUUCACAUCCCUCUUGACGAUAAACUGGCGGAGGCUGCCAACACGGGCGAUUUUAGGUCGGUGAAAUUCUGGGGUGGCGUUGCGAAGGAUCUGGAGCGCGGUGAUCUCAUUACGUGCAUGUCUAACGUGGAUGCUGGGGACGGCAUCCAUCCGCUGUGCAGUUAUGCCCUCUUCGCGGUUAUUGAAACCGUGAAGGAGUCAAAUGAUCCCGCAGACAUUGUGAUAAAGCUGCACAACUGCUACUUUGAUGAGCCUUUUUAUAGUGGACCUCUCAACCGGAACGACGGAAGCUGGAAAAAAGAAUUGAGGGACGUUUGCGGCUCUGAUCCCUCAGAAGAGGAGUUUUUGUACCUGCCACAGCCUGUGUUUUUAAAUAAUUUCUCAAGCAUGCAGCGAUGCCACAUUAACUGCGGCGACCGCUUGAGUUCUUCAGGUGAAUGGAAUGAGUGUACGUCAGGAGGCAAUCCAAAGUUUACGACCUUCCGAAACAAUCCGAUUUAUUUGGUGGAGAACAAAUCCUCUCGUCCAGUGAGAAUUCUGGCUGAAUUACGUCACCAAACGCCGUCCUUUUCAGAUAGUGAUGGCUUGAACCACUACCACCAGACGGGAUUGGUGUUGAUGCAAUCUGUACAUGCCAAGAUGGCACCGACUCCGCUCAUCACAAGUAGCACACACCGGUUUAUUCAAAAGGGUAUGAUGCUGGACGCGAGGGAGGUAUGCUCGCAAAUGGACCUUCCACCCAGUACGACAUGUUAUCUUAUCCCGUACACCAUGAAGCGUGGCUGUCACGGUAAGUUCAAUAUUUCUGUUUAUCCCGGGAUGGCAAAGGUGACGUUGACACCGUUGCGAUACGCCGGCCUCAAGCGCGAACCAUUGAUGACAAACGUGGUGAUUCCCUGUGGAAAUGAUGAGGGUACACGUGUUGACUUCUUGUUGAAUGAUCCGUGUGAUGUUCAUGUACUGCUUCGCCAAAUUCAAAUAAGCGAUCCAGUGUCCGUGAAAAAUGGCGAUAUUGUUGCGGAAGAGGAGGUUAUGCUUCAGGUUUACAACGAAUAUGGUAUUAAUUUGGCGACCACAGCAAAUCCGAGCAGUGCCCGUGAACAGGCGCUUAUUUUUCGUGCGCCACAGCUUGGACGCUAUUCGCUCAGAAUGGUUUGCUCAAGCAAGUCUAAAUCUGAUACGUGUCCUUGUCUUCUUCUUAUUUGGGUGGCGAAGGAAAUUGAGAUUGAUUUUAUUCCUGUCCCACCUGAUUCGAAACCGCUUGGGCUGCAGGCACGCUUUCCAAUGAUUCCAAGGAGUGCUCCCAACGCUUUUCGCACGGGCAGUCGCGAGCGUGCCUAUAGCCGGGACCGUUCAGUGCGUCGCAGCGACUCCUUGCCGCCCAUCCAGGGUGCAGUCCGCGGAGGGCGUGGCAGCCAGGCGAGUUUCAUACCGCCGCGACGCCCAACUGGGGUCUAA